AGGGAACACCCGGGACCCGCGCUCGCCUGAGACGCGCUCCCAGGGCUUCCGCCCGGGCAGGAACGCCCUGUGACAUCAUCAAACCGCGCGCCUGUUCGCGGUGUUGCCCCUCACUCCUCGCGCCAGUUCCAGAGGUGUGCGGAAGCCAUGGCGGCCGCCAACCUGUGGGACCCAGCGUCCUCGCAGACUGCAGCUGGGUUACUGCUGAACCACUUGGUAGCUUCGGGGAUAGUCACUAAGGAGAUGUUAGAUGUAUCUAAGAAGAUGGCUCCUUGCUUUGUGAACUUUUCCAGAUUACAACAGAUCUCAGAUAUUCAAGCUGAAAUCUACCAGAACAAUCUGGAACUUGAACUUUUGAAGCUAGAAAAGGAUACAGCAGAUCUUAUUCAUCCUUCCCAUUUGAUUGAGAAAUGUGAUGUUCUGCAAAGCAUGAAUAAUCAUCUGGAAGCAGUGCUAAAAGAGAAGCAUGCCAUCAGGCAAAGACUGCUGAGACCCAUGUGCCAGGAGAACUUGCCAUUGGAAGCUGUUUAUCACAGAUAUGUGGUACAUAUGUUGGAUCUGGCUGUGACUUUCAUUGAGAAAUUUGAAACCCAUCUUGAAACAGUUAAAAAUAGCCCUCAUUUAGACGCAAACCUAAAGCAAAUGAGCAAAGCUUUAGCCAAGAUGGAUAUUUUGGUGAACAAGACAGAAGAACUGGCAGAGAAUAUACUCAAGUGGCGAGAACUACAAACAGAAAUUUCCUUGUAUAUCCCCAAAAUGCUAACUGAAGAACGUCAUCUUCAUGAACUUGAUAUAGUGCCUCCUUUACCUUUUUUCCCUAAGGCUCACACCGAAACUUCCAGGGCCAAGUGAUGUCAUCUUUACUUUCGAUUAAUUACAUGUAGUCAAAGAA